UUUUUCUCUCAAAGCCUUUCUGGCUCGUCGGUGAAUGGCUCCUUCAAUCAGGCCCCUCCCACUACAUCUUUUCUCCUAUUAGACGAGUAGUACGAAGAGCUCCCGCCCUUCUCCUCCCCGCGAUCUCCUAUUGGCCAGGCACUAACCCUGCGUUCUCCUGCCUUCCGUACAGCACUAUUGUCCUAUUGGCUACUGCCUCCAAACUCAACCCAUGUCCUUUCCUGAUUCGUUGACAUACUUCUCUAUUCCUAGAGCGGUAACCAAGCUCUGCCUUGGAGGAUUACUUCUCUUAAAGGGAUAGCUUCGUUAUUUUUUGAGAACUCCCUACCUGGACCGUCUUUUUUAAUUGUCGUGGCGGGUAUUGGUGUUAAUGAGCAUCCAACAGGCUACUCUUUGCCUGGAAUAAUUAUAAUCCAGCCACAGUUAAGAAAGUGGUGCAAUAUCAGGUUUUAUUACCAUCAGUUCACAUGGCAGUUUAGCGUGUAAGCAACAAGGACAAGUCCCUGCCCCGAAGAUCGUAAAAUACGAAGUUUGCCGUAUAGACAUCGGGCUGUGCGGGAUCAUAAUACAACUAAUAUUUCAAAUUAGUUAUUUGAAAUAGCUAAUACAAUACUGUUUGUAAUUGCUAAAGUGGCUGUGUAAAAUAAUUAAAGCGGCGGGGAGGGGGAGAUAGAUUACUCUUUGUUAUUGCUAAAGUGGGUUUGUGCAAUAUUUACAAGUUAAAGAACAAACCCUGCCUACAGGCUUGCAAUCUAAAGUGUGGCGCAGAGAACCUGCUCUUUUGCUGAAGCCAAGGGUCGAUCUGGUCCAAGAUUGUAUUUCCACACCAGAUGCCUGUGCAGAAUGUGCAGACUGAAUUUUCCCUCUGCAUGGGUAAAGUCUGAGAUGGAAUGAAGAGGGAGGGUUUUCUUGUUGUUUUAGGGGAGGGGAAGUUGCCCAGGGAACAAUAAGAGGCCUCCCCAGGGGGGCGCCGAACAUCAACCUGCACUUCCUUUCCCUUAAUUCCCCACAUUUGUAACCUUCAGGGGUGGGGGGGACUUCCUGUGGGUCGCCUUUCCCAUUUGAAACACUUCCUCUGUCUUGCUCUCCCAUUGGCAUGGUUCAAAAAUGGCUCCUGGCAAAGGGACCCACUGGAGGGAGGAGGAAGUGGACAUGCUCCUAGGACUCCUCCAGGAGUCAGAAAUGGUGGAGAGGGUGAUGAGCAGCACACCACUCCCCAGCCUUUCCAUUUUCGAAGGCAUUGCCAGGAUUAUGGCUGAUGCGGGGUUUAACCGCACAGCUGCUCAAGUCCGCUCCAAGUUCAAGCGGAUCAAGGCCACCUUUUUUGAGGCCCUGGAACGCUUUCAGGGCCACCCACCACCCCGCCACCGCCCUCCUCACUAUGACGAAAUGUGGAUAUUGUGGGAAGCAGCUGGAAGACCCAGCAGGUUGAGUUGCCACCCAGAAGCAGCCUACCGUGGCAAAGAAAGGAAGAGAUACAUGUGCAGAGUGGAGGAGGAGGAAUAUGAAGAGGAACACGAACAGGAGUUGUUAGUGGAUGGAGAGAUCCAUGGAAUGGCUCUCAGGAGCUGGCACAGGCCCCAACAUGCUGAAGAGGAGGAGAAGCCUGCGCAGCCAGUGAGUAGAGAACCUGAUGGAGAACAGCCCUCCACAUCCACUGCAGGGCAGAGGACCAACAGCCAUCACAUGGGCCACUUUAUGGAAGUGUCUACACAGACAGAGCUGUGGUCCAACAGUGAAACCCAAACAGAGGCCUCAGAAGAUGAUCUCUUAACUGCAGUUAAGAGAAUUGAAAGACGCAUGCUGAGUAUCUGUAGGGGGAAAUGUUGGGAAACGCCUCUCUGUGCUUGAAAAAAAUCAACAAAAAAUUAAAAAGGCACUGAUGGCCCUGCAGUCAUGUCAGUUGGAACUGCUUGAGGAUGAAGACGAAAGCUGAAUCAUUUAGUUUAUUUGUGAUACUGGUUCGGUGGGGGGUGGGGAUGGGGAAUUAAACUUUUAAUAAGUUGUUCUUUAGUUACAAAUAAACCAAUCUGGAAGAAAGUUCAAUCAUGCUGUAAUUUAUUGUACACAGUCGUAAGGUUUUUCUAAGAUGAUUACUUUGGGGGAAAAUAUAACUUUUAUAUUGUGCUGAAAUAAAUCUUUAGCUUUGAACUCUA